AUGGCUCCUUCUGCAUCGGCCUUGUCGUCGCACGAGAGGACAAGAGUGGAGGAUUAUUUGAAUGAUAAGCUCCAAGUUUCUGCGGAUCUCGAGAGUCUCGACUCCUUGUUGUCAAGUUUACGAGCCCAGCAUGAGCUGCAACGCAAGCAGCUAGCUGAAGCACAAGAAGCCCUCUCCAAUGUCACCAAAGCCUCCAACGAUCACGCUGAAGCCACUCGCCAGCGAGCCGAAGCAUUCAACCUGCAGCAAGGGGACAUUGACAGACGCCUUAAAACAAUCACCGGAUCCGAUUCCAGCGACGAUGCAGCUAAGCUUUUCGAAGCAAGCAUAGAGAAAUUGCGGAGGCUCGAGAUCUCCAGGGGCUACAUGACUGUGCUGAAGGAAGCCGAACAAUUGAGUCAAGAAGCCUUGAAGAAAACCGAAAGUGAUCCCAAAUCGGCGAUACAAUCAUAUACUAGACUGCGGAACAUUUCCCGAUCACUGAAUGACGCCCAGCCCGCAGCAGAAGGGGCCGCCCCUCACCUGGUCGAUUAUGUGGGGAAGCUGGUUUUCGCGCUCAGGGAGCAGAUGAAGAACAAUCUCUCGCAGCGCUUACAAGGAACGAUGGAUCGCAUGAAGUGGCCUUCGAAAGACUUGCAAUUCUCGGAUGCAGUACUAGCCGACUGGAAGGAAAACGUUGGGUUGCUCCUGGAUCUGCAGAUACCGGAGCUCACUGGCCGCGCAUCAAUGCCUGAUAAUCACUGUGCCGAGCCUCCGGUGCUGUUGCCACUGGAAGUGAUGGUGCAUCCGCUCGAACUUCGAUUCAAGUAUCACUUCAGCGGGGACAAGCCAACCAACAGACUUGACAAGCCGGAAUAUUUCCUAGCUCACAUCACAGACUUGAUGAACAACUUUGGGAGUUUCUUCGCCUCGUUCUUACAGCCCGUAUUCGAUGAAAAAGCGAAACAAGUCGGAUCCGACUUGGAGUGGAACUUCUAUAAUGCUUCUCACGCAUUUAUCACAGCACUUUUGCCUGUAUUGCGGAAUAAGAUAGCGACCUUCAUGCCUCAGAUAUCGACACAUCCACAGCUUCUGAGUCAUUUCCUACACGAGCUGAUGGCUUUUGACAACGAGGUCCGCGAAGCCUGGAACUAUCUUCCUAACCCUUACGCCGCUGAGGAUUGGAAGGGGUUGACAUGGGAGGUGUUGACAAAGCAGGGCUGGUUUGAUCGCUGGCUGCAAGUCGAAAAGGACUUCGCGUUAGCUCGCUACAAAGAGAUUGUGGACGCACCAGAUAGUGGGCAUAUCGACUACGACGGUGUUGAGCUUUCGUCAACAAAACCAACCAAGGCUGCGAUUCGCGUCAACGAUCUCCUCGAGACAAUUACCGAGAGAUACCAGCCGUUAUCGUCAUUCAGCCAGAAGCUCCGCUUCCUCAUCGACAUUCAAAUCACAAUUUUCGACCAGUUUCACGAGCGGCUACAGUCCGCUCUGGAGGCCUAUCUUGCAAUGACCUCAGCUAUUGGUCGAACCGUUCAGGGUGUGGAUGGGCAAGCCAGCAUUGAAGGCGUUGCUGGCCUUGAACGACUUUGCAGAGUCUUCGGAAGUGCAGAGUACCUCGAGAAGAAGAUGGAAGACUGGAGCAACGAGGUCUUCUUUGUGGAGCUCUGGACUGAACUCCAAGAGCGCAUCAAGCUGAACAAGGACGGAGGCAAGAACGUGGCCGGUUCUAUGUCCAUCGCUGAAGUCGCAUCGCGCACCUCGCAGGCUGUGAACAACAACAGCCAUGAUAAAGAUCCGAGCACAGCUUCUGAAGGCGCCUUAUUUGACGAGACUGCUUCCGCAUACCGCAAUCUACGACUCCGCUCCGAGUCCAUAAUCACAUCCACGCUGACGUCAAACGUGCGCUCUGCUUUGAAGCCUUACUCCCGCGUUUCGACCUGGACCACUCUAGCGGCCACCUCACCUGCUCCAAACGGCGCCCCUCUGCCGCCGACAUCUGACUUAGCCCCGGUUCUGCGUACCAUUUCUGAAGAAUUAUCCUUCCUCGCGCGGGCGCUCGGCUUCGCUCCCCUGCGCCGUAUUACCCGGCAGGUACUCCUCGCGAUUCAGAGCUUGAUGUGGAGUAGCAUCCUCAUGAGAAACACAUUCUCAGCAUCCGGGGCCCUGCAAUUCAUCAGCGACAUGGAACAUCUCGGUAGCGUGGUCGAUGUUGCUUUAGGCGCAGCAAGCCAACCGGGCGGCUCUAUGAAAGUAUUGAAGAAGUUAAGUGAGGCGCUCCAACUUCUCGGAUUGAGUACCACGGAACAGACGUCGUUGGACGGUGCGACAGACCCGGCCGGCGAUGAGUUCAAGGAAGCGAGCCUCCCAGUCCAACCUGGGCUCUGGGAGGUCGAGAAGAGACUUUUCAAGGACAACGAGAGCGCAAGGGAAGUUCUGGCCGAGCUUGGGAUUGAUUCCUUGACGGAAGCAGAGGCAAGAAGCGUUCUGGAAAGACGAGCCGAGAUCGGGAAUUAG